GUAAUGAGCAAUUUGAAGUCCAUUCAUACAGUUUGGAAGUUCAAAUUAUAAAGUUUUUCUGCCUCUAUAUUGAUCACUUUUUUUCCCUUGUGAAUUUGCUAAGGUUCUUCCAUGAUGGCCAUAGAAUAUGAAGAGAUAAGAAAAGCUACCAAAAACUUCCAAUCCGACCGGUUGGUAGGGAGAGGAGGAUCUAGUAGCAUUUACAAGGGAUGGAUUGACGAGCACAAUCUUACCGCGGUGAAGCCUGGAUCUGGAAUUGUUGUUGCUAUCAAGAAGAUGAAUCUUGAAGGACAUCAAGAACAUAAGGAGUGGGUGGAUGAAAUAAUUUAUCUGAGCCAACUCCGUCACCCGAAUUUGGUGAAGCUCAUUGGAUAUGGCUGUAACACAGACAAGAGGAUUGUGGUGUAUGAGUUCAUGCCCAAAGGAAGCUUGAACAAUCACUUGUUCACAAGAGUGCAUGAAGCCCUUCCUUGGGCAACAAGAACCAAAGUGGCUAUAGGUGCUGCUACAGCUCUCGCCUUCUUGCACGGCUUGGAAACACCAGUCAUACAUGGAGCCAUUAAAAGUAGUGAUAUUCUUUUGGAUGCAGACUUCAACGCCAAGUUGUCGAACUUUGGCAUUGUUAGAUAUAGUGGUAGGAUUCAACAAGUCAUAGUCCCAUAUAUUGCUCCGGAGUGCUGGGCAACAGGUUGCUCGACCACGAGAUGUGACGUGUUCGGCUUUGGAGGGGUUCUGCUAGAGCUGAUGUCGGGGCUUCCAGUAAUUGAUCGAAUGCGGCCUGCUGAAAAGCGUGAUCUGGUGAAGUGGGCAACACCUUAUCUGAAAGACAAAAGGAGAGUGUGGAAGGUAGUGGAUAGCAGAUUAAUGGGUGAAUAUCCUCAGGAAGAGGCAUGCAAACUUGCCAACAUAGUGCUGCAGUGUGUGAGUGAAGAUCCAAGCUUAAGACCAGGGAUGUCUGAGGUUGUAGCUGAACUACAAAAACUGCAAUAAUCAAGCAUGUUUUGGAUGCUUCUGGAAGGAAUGUUUUCUGAUUAUAUAAACAAUAUUUAAUUUUCUUGUUACAGGAUGUUGUGGCUUAUAUAAACAUAUGAUUACUUUGUAGGUACAUUUUGAUGUUUUUGUAAAAUAGUCUGAGGAAAAUAUAUACUUGGAGGCAGUAGUGUAUGAGGUUC